AUGGCGCCCACCACAAAGAACAGCAAGCCGAUAUUCAAGACAUCCUCGCCGUUCACUGAGACGACAUGCGUGACCCGCCAUCUCGAGAUGCUGGCUGCGCAAAAUGCAGCUUCAACGAUGCCCAUCGCAGAACUAAAAAAAGACGAACCAGACGGUGCGGCCAACAAGGAAGAAAAACACAAGUACAGGCCUCUGAGCAUGGUCAUCCUAACCCACCCCAAACCCUCCCUAUCAACCGCCCAUGCCCAUCUCCCCACCCUCGUCCACCUCUCAGCUGUCAAACCUCCAACCUCAACAAUUCCGUCAGAACCUGCCCGACUCAUCCCGCUCGCAACAUCCACAGACGCCCGCCUAGCAUCAACCCUGCACAUCCCACGCGUCGGCGCCCUCGCCAUCUUCGCGGACGCGCCCGGCGCAAAAGCCCUCGAGGACUACGUCCGCUCGCGAAUCGACAUCACAACCUGCCCAUGGAUUGAUGAAGCCAUGGCCGCGCAGUGGAAAGGCAUCAACGUCAAGACCGAGACUUCAAUAGGAAAGAGUAAAGUUCCAGCCGAGAAGAAACAUGGCCUUCACCGUGCCCGUCUCAACCGAGUUACCGUACGCUAUGGCAUCUGA